CAACCGCUGAACGAUUCAACAGAGAUCCACGACACGACGCCUCCCGACGAUUUGCACGCUCUAUCGGCGUACCUAGUUUGGGCUUCAAUCUCGACAAUUCCGGACGGUUAGCCUCGCGAGAGUGAUACUACCUCCGUGUCGCUGCGCCGCUUGAACCGAGACGCCUGAAAGCAGUCUGCUGGUGCAACCUCACAACAUAGUUGGGUCUUUGGAGGAACCUGAACCAAUCUGAUUGCGCCAUGUCUCGUUAUUGAGGAUUGGUCUUUCAGAACCUCGUACCGGUUUGGAUAUCCAUAAGCUUCCGCUUUGGAAACCAUGGCUGCGACGACCCGAGGCAAUCAUACCGGCAUCACUCGGAAGGAAUCUACCCUAGCAUCAGGCACCUUCGCCGAGAUGCCCACGAUUCCACAAGCCAAGGUCUUUGGGCCUGGAACUCCCGCAACUUCGGAUGGAAUUGAUUUCGCUGCGAAGCCAAGCGCCGCCGAGAAUGAACCCGCCAACUCCGUGAACGGACGCCCUCCCCAUUGCAAGGCAAAUCCUCACGCGGAAUCCAGCGGCGCGCUGCAGCCGCCGGCGCUAAACGUCGAUACACAUCCGCAGUCCACGGCGGCUCCCGGAUCCUCCGAACCGGCCUCCCCCGUUGCUGGCAGGAAGAGUGUGCAGUUCACUCCGGAUGAUGGUGCUCCCGACACCGCACCGACGCACUCGAGAACUGGAUCAUGGGACACAAGGGAGGCUUUGGGAAAGCUUCGCGGCUCCGGUUUCAUUACCAAACUGAAGGAGCUUGCCGGGCCUAGCGCACCACAAACUCCAAAGGUGUCUUCAGCGACUCCUGAGCUGCCAUCGACGACGAGUUCGCCCACGGCGGUCCGAUCGACGAAUCGAGGCUCCCGCGCUGUGCACGAGGGAAGUGACGAUGAUGCAGAUGCCGAGGAAACGGCAGACGAAACCACUGCCGGGCUUUCAAAGGGAAAGCAGAAGAGGAGAAGGCGCAUGCGGAGGCCGAGAACGGAAUCCUACUCAGUGCCCAGUACCCCACAAGUUAGCGCUUUAGGUCCGGACAUGCCAGAUGGCCAAAGCCGCCUUGGGUUCCUGAGACGUGCGCCAUUGGCUGGAGCUGACGAUCAUGGCUUUUCCGAAGGUGAAGGUCGAGACCGCCUUGCUGGCCAGCGGGGCUCAAGGAGAAGGUGGAUGUCCAGGCCAGGAGAAGAAGGAGAGGACCCCGACAGCGCUGCUGGACUUCGAGUGGGCCAUCACCUCAGGCGUCUGUCUGCUCUCGGAGGAGGUGGCGGCGGCGGCGGCGGCGCAUCAGAUGGAGAUGCCAUGAGCCCCAGGAGACCUUUCUUCGGCGCAGACAGGGCCUCCACCUUUGGUGUUCAGAAAUGGCGUCAGGUCAAGGGCGCCCUCAGGCUCUUGCGUCAAAAGAAGGAUGAGCAAUUCGACUUCUCCAAAUCUGCAGAACUCAUGGCAGAGCUAUUCGGCGGUGCACCAGCUGUCUUGAUGCUCGCGAGCAUGAUCCAGCGGGACGAGCAUGGGAACAAGAGAAUACCCGUACUGCUGGAGCAGUUAAGGUUGCGGAUCGUCGACAGUGCCCCGGCCCCGGAUAAGGACAGCGAGAGGCAUUGGAUGUUUACCAUGGAACUGGAGUAUGGGAGCGGUCCGAGUCAGAUGAAAUGGACUAUCAAGCGGUCCAUCAAGGAUAUCUUGAACCUUCACUGGAAGUACAAGCUCACCCUGGGAAAUGAGGGAUUCCCUUCGAAAAGCUCUGAUCAUAGCGCUAGGCGGCCGAAGCAGCCGCGCUUUCCCCUGUCCGCCUUCCCAUAUCUUCGUGGCGUCAGAGGUUUGGACGACAACGAUGAAGAGGAGCUCGGCAACGAGACCCGCGCCGAGGAAACUGCCGGUGAAGUUACUGCUGGCGAAGCGACAGCCCAUGAAGGGACCGACCUUGAUGAUAGACCGCCAAUGCGCAAAAAACGGUCACGCAUGCCUUAUCUCGGUGGCCGACGAAAACCCUCAGCGUUGGGCUCGAAUGCUGAUCUCAACCAGGUCGCCGAUCCCGCUGCGCAAAGGAGGAAAUAUGUUGAGAGACAGCAGCGAAUGCUGGAGAAAUAUCUCCAGGACAUGAUACGCUGGCUGAUGUUCAGGGCAGACAGCAACCGCCUGUGCCGUUUCCUCGAACUCUCUGCGCUUGGCGUCCGGCUCGCGGCAGAGGGCAGCUAUCACGGAAAGGAAUGCUAUCUGCAUAUUCAGUCAUCGCAAGGCCUGGAUUUCCGCCGUGUGCUUACGCCAGGGAAGGUGAUCGCUAGGCACAGCCGGAAGUGGUUCCUAGUGCGGCAAAGCUACAUUGUCUGCGUCGAAUCGCCCGAGAACAUGAACAUUUACGACGUUUUCUUGGUCGACCCGAAGUUCCAGAUCAUCACCAAGAGCAAAGACAAGCAUCUUCACUCUAAAUCCCGAGAGCGAGACGAGGAUAUUGAUAACCUCGACCCUUCGGCUCGCCCAGCCACCAGGAAACACCAUACGAUCAAAAUCAUAACUUCGGAGCGCAAGGUGAAGCUGUUUUCACCCAACCAGCAUCUCAUUUCGCAGUUUGAGGAAUCCAUCAACGAGAUGUUGAAGCAUACCCCCUGGCAUCGCGAGAAUCGCUUCGGCAGUUUCGCCCCGGUACGUACCGGCGUGCAUGCACAGUGGCUCGUUGACGGCCGGGAUUAUAUGUGGAACGUAUCCCGAGCCAUCAGCAUGGCAAAGGAUGUCGUCUACAUCCACGAUUGGUGGUUGAGCCCAGAGCUCUACAUGCGACGGCCCGCUUGCAUCAGUCAAAAGUGGCGCCUUGACCGGCUGCUCCAGCGGAAGGCUGCGGAAGGCGUUAAGAUCUUCGUCAUUGUCUACCGUAACGUCGAGGCCGCCAUUCCCAUUGAUUCCGAGUAUACCAAGUUCUCACUCCUCAACCUACACCCCAACAUCUUCAUCCAGCGGUCACCGCAUCAGUUCAAGAAGAACCAAUUCUUCUUUGCUCACCACGAGAAGAUUUGCAUUGUAGACCACGACAUUGCUUUCAUCGGUGGCAUCGACCUGUGCUUUGGCCGGUGGGACACCCCGAAACACCCCGUCGUGGAUGAUAAGCCUACCGGUUUCGAGUCCCAGGACACGCCCAAGGACGCUGAACAUUGCCAACUCUUCCCCGGGAAGGACUACUCUAACCCGAGAAUCUUGGACUUCUCCAAACUCCACGAGCCGUAUGCGGAAAUGUACGACCGGUCAAUGACGCCUCGCAUGCCCUGGCACGACGUUGCGAUGCAGGUCGUGGGGCAGCCGGCUCGAGACCUCACUCGCCACUUUGUCCAGAGAUGGAAUUACGUUCGGCGCGGGCGUAAGCCGACGAGGCCCACCCCAUUCUUGCUACCGCCCCCAGACUGCAAGCCAGAGGAGCUGGAAGCCAUGGGUCUCAGCGGGACCUGUGAGGUGCAGAUUCUCCGUUCUGCAACGACCUGGUCGCUCGGCAUCGAGCACACGGAACAUAGCAUCCAGUCGGCAUACAUCAAGAUGAUCGAGAACUCGGAGCACUUCGUUUACAUUGAGAAUCAGUUCUUCAUCACCAGUACCGAGACGCUGAAUAACAAGAUUGUGAACGGUAUCGGCGACGCCUUGGUUCGCCGCAUUAUCCGGGCUCACGAGAACGAUGAAGAUUGGCGCUGUAUUGUCAUCAUUCCGCUGAUGCCAGGCUUUCAGAACGAGGUGAACCAGCCUGACGGUUCAAGCGUCCGGCUGAUUCUGCAGUGUCAAUAUCGAAGCAUCUGCCGAGGGGAGCACUCCAUAUUCGGACGCUUGCGGGCCGCCGGCAUCGAGCCGGAGGACUAUAUCCAGUUCUUCAGCCUCCGUCAGUGGGGCAAGCUGGGAAAUGGCGUGCUGACGACCGAGCAGUUGUACAUUCACGCCAAGUGCAUCAUUGUCGACGACCGUGUCGCCUUGAUCGGGUCGGCCAACAUCAAUGAACGAUCCAUGUUGGGCAGCCGCGAUUCCGAAGCCGCCGCUAUUGUCCGUGACACAGACUUGAUCUGGUCGACCAUGGCCGGGCGUCCGUACCAAGUUGGGAGGUUCGCCCAUACGCUGCGUCUGCGGCUCAUGCGAGAGCACUUGGGCUUGGAUGUAGACGAGAUUUUGGAGGAGGAGCGGCAGGCUGACCUCGACCGUCAAGAGCAGUUCGAGGCAGAAAUGGAUGAAAUGUACAGCGACGGGCCUGAGUUGCCGCCAAUGGAAGAAACUUCUAAAAACAGGAGGGCUUCCUUUGCUGAGACGCUCGAAACCCCGACAUUCCCACACGAGUCUCACAGCGUUAAUCACGAUGUCAGCACGGAGGAGCCUCGCCUCCGGCAACGUACUCUUUCAGCAAGCAGCAAGUCCCAGGAAUACUCGGCCGAGAAGCUCAAGCAAGAUUUGGAAGGUCUCGGCCCUGAUCAGUGGAAGGCAGCGCAGGAGAGGGCGAUUGACCAAGGUAGAGACUCCGUCAUUGUCAGCGAUCGCGAAGUGCUCCUCAAGGACAUCGCAGCGGAAGGUAAGGCCACGCUCGAGAGCCCUAGGAAGCCGCACGUGCUUCGCCGGCCGCCUGGCGCCGCGACUCCCGACGGUGCCGGAGGGAGCAACGACGGUAUGCCGCCGAUGCCACCGUUUGACAGGCGGACGACUGAACAGGCCGGCCUUCCGCGUGCGAACCAGCUGCCGUCUUUGCCCGUCGCCGACGAUACAGACAUCGGCGGCCCGCCAGCCCGUGUCGAUUCGGCUGGGCGGCCGCUUCCGAGCGCCGCUAGCUCGCUUCCCCUCGACAUCAAACUGGCCGACAUUCACAAGGACUGCAUGCGCGAUCCGCUCAAUCCGGCCUUCUACGACGAUGUCUGGUCUCGCGCUGCCGAGAAUAACACUCGGAUCUACCGACGUGUCUUCAGAUGCAUGCCGGAUUCUGAAGUGACAAAUUGGGCGGAAUACAGGAUUUUCAAUCAGUAUAACGCUCGCUUUAAGGCGAGCAUGGAUGGCCACCGUGCGAGCGAGGAAGGAGAGAAGCCCCAUUCGGCUGCCGGGGCGCCGAGCCAAACGUCUGCGGGCGCCGGGAUCAGUGCGCCGGGACCGGCGGCCAUCGUCGCCGCGGUGACCGAGAAGCCAGGCACCGCUGCGAAGACCACCGCCUCCAAGGCGACACCCGGAUCGGGAGACGGUGUGCUGAAUGAGAAGCGGGACACGACUCACGGGUCGCACGAAGAAACGGCUCUAUCGAGCGGCACGAACCGGGACCCGGAAAAAGAUGAUCACGCCAUCGACUCGAGCCACGACACGCUGCACAGGACCGAAACCAAUAACUGCCUUGGAACGAACCCCGAGAGCGGCAGGGAACGCCGUGCCACCUUCUCCAGCCAGGAGAAACCUCUGCCUACGGGCGCCAGCACGGGGUCCGCAAACGGAAGCGGUUCUCCAACACCCGGCAGCAACCCCGAUGGUAACAAUGCCAAGCCGUCGGGCUCGCAGAAGCGGAGGCGCCGGGCGACGACUAGGAGCAGCCGGCCCCGCUUCAGCGCGACCGAGGAGGUGUUGUCCAGGGCCGAGGCCGAGGAGUUGCUGAUGCUAACACAGGGUCCGCUGGUGCAGUUUCCGUAUGACUGGCUCGUGGUGGAGGAAACGAACGGAAACUGGCUGUUCCAGGUUGACCAGGUGGCGCCGUUGGCUAUCUAGUGAGUGUUCAGAGUGCGGUCACAGGGAUUGACGAGGGUGGUUGCUAAUGCAUUCCUAGUGACUGAGCGCGUCUGUGAGACGCGGCCGGCGACGGAUACUACUGGACUUGGGUUCUCGAGAAGCGGAUCAGGCCAGAUUCGGCGGGAUUUGGCGGUUCUGCAAGCCAUUGCGCUCGGCGUUACGGGGUUGCGGCAUUGUGUCUUUCAAGUCCUGGGUCACCAACGUUACAUAUACAGCAUGGCGUGUCAGGUACACUGGC